AUUUAAUCUCUGAGUCCUAGCUAAAGCUCUCAACUCUCAGGAAGUCCUAAGGUUUGGCGUAAAAAAAUAUAUAUAACGACAAAAUUUUAGUAGUAAAUGAAAAUUAAGAGUGGUCCAAUCCGAUCCCGGAAAUGCACAGGAAGGCGUUGCAGGGGCACCGCUCCGCUGGCCGGGAAAACGAUCCACCACAGUUCAGAAGGCGUGGCUGUCAGGACUACCGCUCCCAACGGGCGGAGACGUAUCCUUCGAUCCCAAAAGGAAAACCACAUUGCGACCCCAACAAGAACGAGGCAACCACACGGUUGGCCAGCAACCUCGCGGCCGAUGGCAGUGGGCGACCCUUCGACAUGGUCAAAGACGACGUGCUGCUCGCUUGGCAGCAGAGUCCUCACAAGGACACGUUGGGCUUCUAUGGCGUAGGGUCGCCCACCCACCAGCCCGAGUCGGUGGUGUUCAACCAGGUGGUUGCCGCCUGCUUGGUCAAGGUCAACGGUGGCGGCACUCAGCGGAGGAUCUCCAAGCAGGCUAAGAAGUCCUCCCCAAGGGACAUGCUGGCGGAAAAGAACCAUAUCCCUCAGACUUGCAAUCCCUUUAUUUUGAACCGCCAGGCAUUGCAGUCGGAUCUACAGCAGAUUCCCCACGUUCAGCGGCAGCUGGAUCCCCGAAAAGCAUGCGAGGUGUUAUACUGCACUGAUUCUCCUCAGGUUACUCGCGAUUCCACUAGAGUGGCACGCCAUCUGUACACGGGCAUUUCAAGAGAUCAAGUUUUCGACAUGGAGCCUGCGAGAAGAAAGGAUCCACGUGGUCUGCGUCGACGCCACUGGUACUGCCCGCCGGAUUGCAUAGAGUCGCGCCAUGGGUGCACUCAGCACGAGUGGGCCAAGAACAAGUUGGAUCCUCAUCCCCUUAACAAAGAGUUCCGGAAUUGUCCGCAAGAAAAAGAGGAGCACAAGGGUCCGGAACCUAUAAACUACGACCAGCUGUACAGUAGAAUCCUUAACUGCUUUGAGCAAAAACACUGUCCAGAUCCGCUUUGCGAGCCCUAUGAGAAAUGCUGCAAGCCAAAAAGGUCCCAUGGAAAGGAUAACCAAGGAGGAGGUGACAGUCAAAUACCCAGAGGUGAUCUAGGUGAUCCAACAGGGAAAAAAAAGAGCGAAAGAGGACAGGAAGGUAAAGAUAAAGUAACUGGAGUGCGAGACGAAGGAACCGUAGAUAAAGGGGAUAAAGAAGAUAAAGAAGAUGGCAAGGAUAAAAAUCGAGUCGAUGACAGACAUAAACCAAAAGUUACAAAUAAGGAAAGCGAUAAUGAUGGUAAUAGGAACAAGGAUAAAGAAAAAUAUAUAAACAAUGAUACAGAAGACGGUAUAAAUACAGAAAAAAAAAGAGACAAGGAAAUAGUUAAUGAAAAUGCGAAAGAGAGGGAUAAAAAAAAGGAUCAAGAAAUAGAAAUAGGGAAGGAAAGGGGAAGAGCAAAAGAAAAGGAAAAAUCUCAGGACAAGGAAAAGGUGAAGAAGAACAAAAAAGAAAAAUAUAAAAAAAGGGAAAAGAAAAGAGGAACAGAAAAUGAAAAGGAAUGGGAAUGGGAAAGGGAAAAAGAAAAAGAAAAUGAAAAAGGAAGAAAAAACAAAAGAGAAAAAGAAAAAGAAAAGGAGAACGAAAGGAAACGGAAAAGGGAAAUGGAAAUGAAAAAAGAAAGAGAAAUUAAAAGAGAACAAGAUAAGGAAAAGGGAAAGGAAAAUGAAGAGAAGAACAAAAGAGAAAAGGAAAAAGAAAAAGAAAGGAAACGGGAAAGGGAACAGAGAGAACACGAGAAAGAAAAAGACAAAGAAAUAGAAAAGGAAAAACAACGUGAUAAAGAAAUGAUAAAGGAAAUAGAUAGAGAAAUAGAAAAUAAAAAACGAAGAGAAAAAGAAACAGGAAAGGAAAAAGAAAGAGAGAAGGAAAAUGAUAUGAAAAAAGAACAUAAAAAGGAAAUAGAAAAGGAACAAAAAGGUAAGGAACAAGAAAAAGAAACUGAAAAAGAAAUAGAAAAGGGGAAGGAAAAGGAAAAGGAAAGGAAAAGGGAACAAGAAAACCAGAAAGAGAAAGGAAAAGAAGUUUACAAAGAACAAGUAAUUGAAAAGCAAAAAGAAAGAGAAAUUGGAAUAAACAAAGACAAAGAAAAAGAAGUAGGUAAAUUUCCAGAGAAAGGCAACGAAAAAAACAAAGACGAGGACAUAGGAUAUGAAAAAGAUGACCCUGAUAAGUAUAAAAAUCAAAACAAACAAAAGGACAACAUUAAAAUAAGCAAAGACAUUAACACCGAAGUAGAUAAAGUCUUAGAAAACAAGGAAGAGAAUAAUAAACCGAAACGUAAUAAGCCAGAAGAGUCCCCGCGAUUCUCCGAAACGGAAAGACGUAAAACGCAACCGGAAAUCCCUUCGGAGGGGGAGCGUGAAAGACCUAGCAAAAGAGGAACUACGGUGGAAGAAUACGAGUUUCCAGCUUUAGAACUCGGCAAGAACGAGCCAGUUGCUCCGACUUGUAAGCUGAAGGUUCCGCCUAAGAGAAAAAAAAAAAAGAUAUGGGAAAAGAACGUUUGCAAGGAUACGCCCGAGAAAACCUGCCCACCUUGUCCACCGGCAGGUUGCCAGUGCGAGAUCUGUAACUUCAUGGAUCGCCCGUAUAACGAACAGGAGGCUCCCUUCAUGCGCGAAAUGAGGCGGGCGGAGCAGAGGCGCCAGCUACGUGCCUACUACCGCCAGAUGUGCCAUCAGGAAUUGAUCCGGGAUCGACGUAGGACGGAGUACCGGGCGCCCAAACACCAAUGCGAUCCGAUCUGCUGCUCCAACUUCUUGUGCCAAAAUUCCCGACUCGCCGAGCACUGCGAUUGCCUAGGAGCCGUGCAGGAGCUACAGAAUCUUCUCGCCAAGGACAACGAGGAUCACAGCAGGUUGCUCCUGCGCGUCGAGAAUCUUCGGAAACGAGUCUGCGAGCGAAUGUGCGAUUGCAUUCUGGCGUGAACUGGAUCGGAGGGUAUUCGAGUUAUUGAAUGUAAAUUCUUUGUUUUUGAGAAAGUACCUGUGUAUGCGUGUAAUAUGUGUAAUAUCUGAGUAUUGGUUUUAGAUUAAACAAGACAUGUAAAUUAAAUAUAAAUAUACUUCCUUAGCAUAUGAAAAUUCAAAUAUAAUUUAAUAUAGAUAUA